AUGAUCACUGCGAUCGAAACUCAAGGACGAUACGGCAAUGGUACAGGACGGGAGUUCGUGGCUGAGUAUAUGAUUGACUAUUUGAGACCUGGAAGCAAAUGGAUACGGUAUACGAAUCGUACUGGCCACACGAUAAUGACUGGUAAUUCUGACACUACUACAUCGGUUAUGCGUGAGCUCAAUCCGCCAUUGUUCGCAUCAAAGUUGCGAAUAGUACCUCACUCUAAACAGACCAGAACCAUCUGCUUACGGACUGAAUUACACGGUUGUGCUCACAGAGAUGGACUGCUUUACUAUUCGACUAUUCCGGGUGGUUCCCGUGUUGGAGAGGUUGAUUUCCGAGACACUACGUUCGAGAAUACCGACCUGUACACUGAUACGGGAAUCAAAAAGGUUUUUGAAGCCCUGUAUUAUUCAGAAGGUAUGGUGACUUUACUCUUUGAAUUCGACCAACUACGAAACUUUUCUGAAAUAGUGCUGGUUGCUUACGGACGGCUCAGCAAUAUAGACGUUAUAUUUAGCGCAGACGGCACAAACUUUUCUCUUUCCUCGCAAAUUUCCUCUUUGAGUAGAUCUUCAGCAAAUUCAACGAGCAAAAGAAAUGAUUAUCGUAUUCCACUUCACAAACGAAUGGCAAAGAAGAUACGUGUAACAAUUUGGUUCGCCAAUGACUGGAUUUUCCUCACAGAGAUCCACUUCUCAUCAGUUUACUUCAACGAGUCCAUUACCACAGUCACUCUACAAGAGGAAACCAUGUUCACGCGGAAAAGUGUUUACAGUGCAAUUGGGCUUCUUGCACUACUCACACUUCUAACCGUGACGUCGUGCAUUGCACUGAUGCGAAGGAGGAAAGCAGAAGACAAGUUCAAUGGGUUCGAAGAAGACAUACGGAAAAGUCUCAUAAUAACCCAAGUUAGAGGAAAAACCGCUACGGAAGUGCUGUCGUCACGUCAUCCUCCACCUCACAUCAUGUCCAAUUUGUAUUCGACUACUAAGACGACAAGCACAAGGUUACAUAUCAAUGCGUAUUUUGUAAAGGAUUCCUGUAAAAGGAUAGUGUACAAUGUUGAUAUAUACAGCCUCUCCUCAAAAAGCGCUUCACCUAAGUUUGGAGCAGCAACAUGGAACGAUUUUCACUUUCCGCCACCACCUUCGGCUCCAAGUUCGUUUUCACUUCUCUCCAAUAAACACAGGUGCAUUGAGGCUUUCCUGGUUGAUAGCUACGUUAAGCUCGUUGGAAAGCAAAGGGAGGAUCGUUUGGCUGAGAAAAUUAUCAAGAUCCCCUCUUCAACUCUACAACUUGGAGCAGACCUUGGCCAAGGAAAGCAUACAAUUGUUCGGGAAUGUUACGUUCCCACCUUAGGAAAUGUCGCCUACAAAACCGCUAAAGACCGAGACAGUUUCUAUGCAAGAAAUGCUUUAUUCGAUGAGCUGAAGACAUUGACAUUUACGAAAAACCCACAUAUCGUGCGCCUUCUGGCCACAGACGACAGUGGUGGUCUCUUACUAGAGCUUGCCGUUGAAGGAAAUGUGAGGCAGUACUUACAAUCGCAGACAGUUGUAUUACCGACAACCCAGUUAUUAGGAAUUUGCGCGGACGUCUGCGAAGGUAUGCGAUAUCUGGAGUCGCUUGGUCUCGUACAUGGUCAUCUAUCGCCAACUAAUAUUCUUAUAGACGAGAAUUCGAGGGCAAAAGUAGCGUCGCCCAGAGGCCCAUCCCAUCACGCACAGCUUCGCUACAGUGCACCAGAGUCCAUAUUGAAGGUAAAGCUGCCCCAGUUCACAGUACAACAACCUCCAUUUGAUUCAAAAAAUCUCAGAAUGCCUUUUCGUCGAGCUCCGAUGUUUGGGCGUUUGCUGCUUGCUGUUGGGAAAUCGUUGAAACUUCCUGCACAAGAACACCCUUCGACUUCACUUUCUAACACCGACGUUGUUGAGAAUGCACAACGAAUGCUGGCUGGCUACGACGAUGUGGCUGCUCUCACCUUCACCGAAUGCGUUCCGAGAGGGGUGCGGAACGUUUUUGUACGUUGUUUCGACGUUGAUCCUCAGGCGCGGCCAUCGUUCGCACACAUAUCUUACUUUAUGAGCAAAUAUUACGUGGCUCCUGCGUAG